CGGAAUUGUGAUGUGGUCUGUUCCUAGAUCCAUCAGUUCUCUUUAGUGUUUGCCAAUGUUGGAGGUGUAACUGGGGUCUGGCCCUGGACAAAGGUAUAGAGCAUGGCUCAAGUGAAAGUGCAGACCUCAGCGCCCCUGGCUGGCCCUGGCCUCUCCCCCCUGUCUCCCCUCGGGGCCAGUCCAGGACCCCUGGGUCUACAGCCCUCAGUCAAUGGCCCUGGACCCAGCCCCGGCUGCCCCUCUCCCUCAGCCGGGUAUGGGCCCGACACCCCUGUGUCUGCCAACCCACCAGGCCCACCCCAGGAGAACAUGGCAAACCCUAAAGAGAAAACCCCCAUGUGUCUGGUGAAUGAGUUAGCCCGUUUCAACAGGGUCCAACCGCAGUACAAGCUGCUCAACGAGAGGGGGCCUGCACACGCCAAGAUUUUCACAGUGCAGCUGUGUCUAGGGGAGCAGGUGUGGGAGGCAGAGGGCACCAGCAUCAAGAAGGCCCAGCACUCCACCGCCUCUCUAGCCCUCACUGAGAGCCUUCUGCCCAGGCCAGCUCCCCGCUCUCCUACAGUGGACAUCAACAGCAACCCAGGCAGUAUAACCCCUACUGUGGAGCUGAAUGGUCUGGCUAUGAAGAGAGGUGAGCCAGCCAUCUACCGGCCGCUGGACCCCAAGCCCGUGCCAAACUACCGAGCCAACUAUAACUUCAGAGGCAUGUUCAACCAAAGGUGAGACAGACCACCAUCACACCAAACCAAAGUCAUUUA